CUCAAAUUUACAAUCCUCCUUCAACGUCAAAACCGUUCUUUAUCGCCUCCUCUCUUCAAUCCCAUAUUCCAAUUCCCUAACUCACUAUCUCUGAUUCUCUUCUUUCUUUUUUUUUUCUUCUUUCUCUUUUAUCUCUUCGCUCUCACAAACCCUAUUUUUUGUUUCUCUGUUUGAUCUACCUUUCUUCAGCAUUCAUUCCCCUCUACUUUCAUGCCCAAACUUUGUUCUUUCUUCUUCUUCUUCUUAUUCUUCAACCUCUUUCACCUCCAUUUUUGAUUCGCCCACACUUCCUACAUUUUUGGGAUUGGUUUAGUUUUUGUGUUUUGGGGUUUCAUUAUACCGCCCCUCCUGUAAACUACUUCUAGGGUUUCCAUUUCUGCCCCUUUUAGGGUUUCCAUCCUUCCCCUUUUGCUUAGAUUAGAUUUCGGUCUUUCUUGAUUUCCCUUUUUCUCUAUUGGGUUUUUGUUUCUUCUUGGAAUUUUUGAUUUUUAACUGUGGGGAUCCUGAAAUUUUGUUCAACUCUGUUUCAUGCUUGGUUGGAUUGCUUAUGCUUUUGUCAAUCUUUAACUUCAAACGCGAACGAAUCCGGAGGGGAACGAAUUGUAUCGCGUUUGGUUUUUCCACCACUGAAAGUUUUCUUUUUUGACUGACACGAACCUUACCAAAAGGUUUGGGGAAAUUCCUCGAAUUUCAAUCUUUUUUUUUUUUUUUUUUAGUUUUGUACUUGUUUUUUGGUUUGUUUUCCGAUAAAAGGAGGAAGAGAUAUAGUUUCUUUUUCUUGUGGGGGUCUAAUCGUCGUAGAGUUACUUUGAGUUGUGGGAAACUUUAGGCUUGCAUGGGCGAACAUGAGGGGUGGGCACAGCCACCUAGUGGGCUUUUGCCCAAUGGUCUUUUGCCCGAUGAGGCAGCUACGGUCAUGCGAAUGCUUGAUUCCGAGAGAUGGUCAAAGGCGGAGGAGCGAACGGCUGAGCUUAUCGCCUGCAUUCAGCCCAAUCCACCCUCUGAAGAGCGGCGAAAUGCUGUUGCGGACUAUGUGCAGCGGCUGAUCAUGAAAUGCUUCCCUUGCCAGGUGUUCACCUUUGGGUCUGUUCCCCUGAAAACAUAUUUGCCUGAUGGAGACAUCGACUUAACAGCAUUUAGCAAGAAUCAAAAUCUGAAGGAGACAUGGGCCCAUCAGGUUCGGGAUAUGCUUGAAAGUGAGGAGAAGAAUGAGAAUGCUGAAUUUCGUGUAAAAGAAGUUCAAUACAUUAAAGCUGAGGUUAAGAUAAUCAAGUGCCUGGUGGAAAAUAUUGUUGUAGACAUCUCAUUUGAUCAGCUAGGGGGAUUGUGCACCCUUUGUUUUCUGGAGGAGGUUGAUCAUUUAAUAAACCAAAACCACUUAUUCAAGCGUAGUAUUAUACUGAUCAAAGCUUGGUGCUAUUAUGAGAGUCGGAUAUUGGGUGCACACCAUGGACUUAUAUCUACUUAUGCCUUGGAAACCUUGGUCCUCUACAUAUUUCACGUGUUCAACAAUUCCUUUGCUGGUCCCCUUGAGGUUCUUUAUCGGUUUUUAGAGUUCUUUAGCAAGUUUGACUGGGAUAAUUUUUGUGUUAGCCUAUGGGGUCCCGUACCUAUUAGUUCACUACCAGAUGUGACAGCUGAACCUCCACGUAAAGAUGGUGGUGAGUUACUUCUCAGCAAGUUAUUUCUUGAAGCAUGCAGUGCAGUAUAUGCUGUUUUUCCUGGCGGCCAAGAAAAUCAAGGGCAGCCUUUUGUUUCUAAGCAUUUUAAUGUAAUAGAUCCUUUGCGUGUUAACAACAACCUUGGGCGUAGUGUAAGUAAAGGUAACUUCUUCAGGAUACGCAGUGCAUUUGCAUUUGGAGCUAAAAGAUUGGCAAGAUUGUUCGAAUGCCCCAGAGAAGAUAUUCUUGUAGAACUGAAUCAGUUUUUUUUGAACACUUGGGAGAGACAUGGCAGUGGCCAACGCCCUGAUGUUCCAAAAACUGACUUGAAGUACCUUAGAUUAUCAAAUUCGGAGCAUUUACAUGGUCCUGAGAAUCUCAGGCAUAAAACAAAUAGCAAAAGAAACGAGAAUCCAUCUGUUCGUGAAACCCAAGAUGUAGGGGCCCUUGGCUCUCAUACUGUGAACUCAGUACAAGGUAAUUCUCCCUUGGAAAGUGCUUUUAGAAAUGACACUACUACAACUUCUCGCAAUCAAGCACAAAGGAGUUCUGGCAGCUCAAACAACUCAAGGUCCUCUGAUCAUAGUAGGAAAGAAACGAACUACAAUCACAGUAACCUUAUAGAUAGAAGUCAGAGAUAUCCUAAACCUGAGAACCAUGUGAAUGAUGUACAGGGAAGGUUUCUGUUUGCAAGGACACGUUCUAGCCCAGAGCUGACUGACACCUAUAGUGAAGUUUCAUCUCCAUCAAGGCGUAACAGAGUUCCUGAAAGUGGGAAAGCCCCUUCUAACAGAACGGAUGCCAACAGGAGGAAGAACCUUGAAUCUGAUAAUGUGGAAACCCACUUGAGAUCUUCAACUGACGAACCAUCAAUUGCUAGACAUAUUCCAACCCGUCAGAGCAUUGAUGCUACUGGUGAUUCCAACAGUGGUUCAAAUAGUUACCAGGAUGAGUCUGGCCCUGGAACUGUUGGUGAGGAUUUUGCUUCUAUUUCAGGAACAUUAGCAAUGCAUCAGGAGGAGCAAGAUCUUGUUAACUUGAUGGCAUCAUCUACAGCCCAUAAUUUUAGUGGACAGGUUCAUUUGCCACUGAAUUUGACGACAGGUCACUUACCUCUUCCGUUACCUUCAUCUGUUUUAGCGCCUAUGGGCUAUGCUCCAAGGAACUUGGGAGGAAUGUUACCCACCAAUAUUCCAUUGAUCGAGGCUCCUUGGGGCGCUAAUAUGCAUUUUCCACAAGGAUUUGUUCCUUCUCCGUUGACUCACUAUUUCCCUGGCAUGGGAUUGGCAACAAGUUCAGAAGAUGGCGUUGAGUCGGGCAAUGAAAAUUUUAGUUCUGUAGAAAUGAAUUCAAGAGAGGGUGAUCAAGACUUUUGGCAUGAGCAAGAUAGGAAUUCUGCUGUUGGGUUUGACCAUGACAAUGGGGGAUUUGAAGGGCCUCUGUUGGAUGAUAAGCAACAGUCUACUUCUGGAGGUUUUAACUUUAGUCCAUCAUCCCGAAUGUCUGUAUCUGGCAGUACUAGUGUUGCUCAUAAAAAGCAUACCAAAGAAAAUCGGGUUGCAAUGAAGGAUGGGAAUGCAAAUGCUUAUCAAGAUGAAAGAGAGAAUGAAACAUGUUAUGAUGACAGACCAUCAUCUUUUAGGCCCUCUACUGGUGUUGCACACUCUAGUGGUCUAAGAAACAAGAUUGCCACAGAAAGUUCUUGGGAUGAGUUGUCUUCAAGAGCCUCAAAAUCAUCUAGGGAGAAACGGGGAUGGAAAUCAAAUACCUUUGACCUGCCAUCGCAUGGGAAAGGCAAAAAUGUUUCUGAACAUUCAUCUACUGUGACUGAUGAAGAUAGCAGAGAUUGGAAUCACGUAUCUACUGCGGUUGCAGAAUUGACUGAAGUAAGUGGUGGACCUCAAUCAUUAGUGUCCAUGCAUGCUACAAGGAAUCAAAUUACUGGACUUGAACCACCUCAUACAGCUGGGUUGGAUCCACUAAUACCUCUUGCUCCUGUGCUCUUAGGCCCAGGUUCUAGGCAAAGACCUGUUGAUAGUUCUUCUGGGGUGGUUCCUUUUGCAUUUUAUCCUACAGGGCCUCCAGUUCCCUUUGUUACAAUGCUUCCAGUAUAUAAUUUUCCCUCAGAGACAGGAACUUCAGAUGCUUCAACAAGUCAUUUCAGCGAGGACUCCUUGGAUAAUGCUGAUUCUUCUCAGAGUACUGAUUUGUCUGAAGCACAUAAUAAGUCUGAUGUUUUAACCCUCACCAAUCCUAUUAGAGGGCCUUCCUUUGUUGAAUCUUUAGAACCUAAACCUGACAUUCUUAAUAGCGAUUUUGCUAGUCAUUGGCAAAAUUUGCAAUAUGGGCGGUUUUGUCAAAAUUCUCGGCAUCCAUCACCUGUGAUUUAUCCUUCCCCAGUUGUUGUACCUCCUGUCUACUUACAGGGUCGGUUUCCAUGGGAUGGGCCUGGAAGACCUCUUUCAACCAACAUGAAUUUAUUUACUCUGGGUUAUGGGUCUCGUUUAGUCCCUGUUGCUCCUCUCCAGUCUGUUUCUAAUAGGCCCAAUAUAUAUCAGCAUUACAUUGAUGAAAUGCCAAGACAUCGCAGCGGCACUGGAACAUACUUGCCAAACCCUAAGGCCUCAGCGCGCGAAAGGCAGAAUGCCAGACGAGGAAACUUCAGCUAUGAAAGAAGUGAUAGUCAUGGCGAGAGAGAUGGGAACUGGAACGUCACUUCGAAAUCACGAACUUCUGGUCGCCCAGGCCAAGUCGACAAGCCAAAUUCCAGGUUAGACCGCUUGUCUGCUAGUGAGAAUCGAGUUGAAAGAGCUUGGAGCUCACAUAGGCAUGAUUCCUUGCCUUACCAAUCCCAGAAUGGCCCAAUUCGCUCGAACUCCACACAGAGUGGUUCUACAAGUAUGGCUUAUGGCAUGUAUCCACUACCUAGCAUGAAUCCAGGCGUGGUAUCUUCUAAUGGACCUUCCAUGCCUUCUGUUGUGAUGCUUUAUCCUUUGGAUCAUAAUGGCAGUUAUGCCUCACCUGCAGAACAGCUCGAGUUUGGAUCUCUUGGACCUGUAGGUUUUGCUAACCUAAACGAUGUGUCGCAAGUGAAUGAGGGAGGCAGAAUGAGUAGAGCAUUUGAGGAUCAAAGAUUUCAUGGUAGCUCAAAUCAACGCACUCCUCUCGAAGAACCUCCUUCACCUCAUCUUCAGAGGUAGCCUUAGCUUAAUUUCCUUCACGACCGAACUAUUUUCCAAGAUAGCAAAGCGACAACCAAAAAGAAGAUACAUCAUGACUGUCAAGCUGUGUCGGUGUUAAAUUCUUUUGAUUCUACUAGCAGCUGGCAUCAACUCCCGAGCCGUAGCCACAUACCCUUCAACUCAACUCCUAUAUGAGCACAAAUAUGGAUGAGGAACCCUCCCAUCAAAACUCACUUUGCACUGUUUUUCCUCCCAAGAGCGCACAUUUGGGAAAUUGCUUUUAUUUUGGCAAACAAGGGUCAGGAACUUUUGGUCAAGAUGAGGCAUUUUGAACCAGGGGGAGGAGGUCCUUGAAUUAAAAGGUCAUUUAUAUCCUUUGUGUCUUAAAGUGGUUUGAAAAAAAUGUUCUGAUGGAGAAAUCAAUGGCGUGCAGUAGUUUGUAUGUAUAUUAAAGAGCAGAAUCCAUCCCGUUUAGAGGGACAGAAAAGUGGCAGUGAAGGAAGGAAGGUAGGAAAGAAGGAAGGUAGGAAGGAAGGGUGCUGCUGGUCUCGGGUCCAUGACGAUUAGAAGAAGAUGGUCAUUUUAUGGUUUAGAUACGUUUAUAACUAAUGAAGUUAGAAUGUAGAAAUCAUUUGGGUUGGAAUUUUGGGGUGUUUCCCCCUAAUGUCAUUACAACACGAUUUGUUUCCAUCGAAUUCUGUCACAAAAAUACAUUACAAUUAGGGUUUCCCAAUUUAGAGUCUCACUUCACUUUGUAACAGCCUUUUUUUCUUUCUUUUACUUUGUUAUUUUACAAACUCCUAAAGUCCUUCCUUUGAUCAUCA